AUGGGCCCCUGUACCGCCUCCUCAUGCUGCUGCCAGGCCCGUAAUCUGCCAUGGGCCCCCAUACCAACUCCUCAUGCUGCUGCCAGGCCCGUAAUCUGUCAUGGGCCCCUGUACCGCCUCCUCAUGCUGCUGCCAGGUCCAGAGUGUGUCAUGGGUCCCUGUACGGCCUCCCAUUGCUGCUGUCUCCAUCGCCACACUCUGCCAUGUGCCACUUUCAGGUCUCCUCACACUGCUGGUGGUUUCCAUUUUUGUCAUAGGGUGCUGUAUGGCCUCCCAUUGCUGCUGCCUCCACCGCCACACUGGCUCCACACUCUGGUUUUGGCCCCGUGACUGCCCAAAUGAGUGAAGUGUGCGGUGAUUCUAAGAUCGACGGCACUCAUCUGCAUGUCAUACUGACUGUCAGUAUUAUUUCUCUUCCCCAGCAGACUCCAAGGGCAUUUAAAUUAAAGGUACAGUGUUCUGCAAUAAUAUAA